AAGGACCUGGAGGUGCCCAAGCUGGGAGACACUGAUGUCCAUGUCAAGAUGUUGGCUGCCCCCAUCAAUCCUGCUGACAUCAAUAUGAUCCAAGGAACCUAUGCCAUCCUCUCACCUCUCCCAGCAGUGGGAGGGAAUGAAGGUGUUGGGGAGGUGCUGGAGGUUGGACAUCGUGUGACAACUCUGAAACCUGGAGACUGGGUCAUCCCAGCAGAUGCUGGACUUGGGACGUGGAGGACCCAGGGGGUGUUCCCUGAGGAGAUGCUGCUGAAGGUGCCCAGUGACAUCCCAGUGCUCUGUGCUGCCACGCUGAGCGUCAACCCCUGCACGGCGUUCCGCAUGCUGACCGACUUUGAGACCCUGGCACCUGGUGACUCUGUCAUCCAGAAUGCUGCCAACAGUGGUGUGGGCCAGGCUGUCAUCCAGAUCGCCAAAGCCUCCGGCAUCAAGACCAUCAACGUGGUGAGGGACAGACCUGAUCUCCCAAAUCUGGUGGAGAGGCUGAUGGCCCUGGGUGCAGACCAUGUCAUCACAGAGGACAUGCUGAGAAAGCCAGAGAUGAAAGAUAUAUUUAAGAGCAUCCCGAAGCCUCGGCUCGCCCUGAACUGCGUGGGAGGCAAAAGCACUACGGAGAUGCUGCGGCACCUGCAGCCCAAGGGGACCAUGGUCACCUAUGGGGGGAUGGCAAAGCAGCCUGUGAUGGUGCCUGUGAGUGCCUUCAUCUUCCGGGACGUGCGGCUCCGCGGCUUCUGGAUGACCCAGUGGAGGAAGGACCACGCACAGGACCAGGAGAGCCUGGCCAGCAUGAUGGACUCCCUGUGCCAGCUCAUCCGCAGAGGGCAGCUCACUGCACCAGCCUGCACCGAGGUCCCACUCCAGGACUACAAGGCAGCCCUGGAAGCUACCAUGAAGCCCUUUGUGUCCUCCAAGCAGAUCCUCCUCCUCUGA